AUGCAUUGGCACCAUCGACCAACCAUCCACUCUUUUUCAAGUUGUCUUCAAGUCUUUCCAUGGCUUUCAAACUAUGAGUCGGUGCGGGAAUGGAUACAUCCCCCGCGAGAGGAGAGACGCACUCGUCAAAUCUGGCAUUUUUGGCAGACAUACCCAACUUGUGCCAGUCAUGGCGCUGACUUCUUCAGCCGCAAGUUACUAGCAGUUGAUUUCACUUCCUUGUGGGACUUUCUCAUACAUUGUUCCGUUAUUCACCUUUUCAAAACAGAAAAUGACUCAGUCCAUUGCAACGUUCGUGUCGGUAAGUCCAAAUAUUCAGUCGAAUCAAGCUUUUGA